AUGGGGGUUGUGUGGCUGUUGUGCUGCGAACUGGAUUUGAAACUAGUCAAGGAAAGUUACUGGGAAAGUGGGCUAUUUAUUUUGUUCUUGGUAGUAUUUUCUCUUAUAGCUGCCGGUUAUGUCCUUAAAAAGGGUCUUGAGGAUCCAACAAGGAGUAAAUACAAGCUUCUUCUGAGUUGUUCAUUGAUUAUUACUUCUGUUAUUCCCCCCGAACUUCCGAUGGAGCUGUCAAUAGCUGUUAAUACAUCACUGAUUGCUCUAGCCCGGCGUGGAAUUUACUGUACAGAACCAUUUAGAAUUCCAUUUGCUGGAAAGGUUGAUAUAUGUUGUUUUGAUAAGACUGGGACGCUAACUUCAGAUGACAUGGAAUUUUCUGGAGUUGGUGGUCUGACAGAUAGUGAAGACUUAGAAACAGAAAUGUCUAAAGUGCCUGAUCGAACUUUGGAAAUACUUGCAUCCUGUCAUGCUUUGGUCUUUGUGGAUAAUAAACUGGUUGGUGAUCCUCUUGAGAAAGCUUCACUGAAAGGAAUUGAUUGGACCUACAAAUCAGAUGAAAAGGCCAUGCCAAAAAAGGGAGGUGCCAAUUUUGUCCAGAUUGUUCAGAGGCAUCACUUUGCUUCUCACUUAAAAAGAAUGGCAGUAGUUGUUCGUGUCCAGGAGCAAUUUUUUGCUUUUGUUAAGGGUGCUCCAGAAACCAUUCAGGAAAGGCUUGUUGACGUGCCCGGAUGGUAUGUUGAGACUUACACACACGUCAAGGGUCCCGUGUUUUGGCUUUGGCUUACAAGUCUCUUCCAGACAUGACAGUUAGUGAAGCGCGAAUCUUAGAGCGAGACACUGUAGAAAGUGGUCUUACUUUUGCUGGAUUUGCGGUUUUCAAUUGCCCUAUCCGUGGAGACUCAGCCUCUGUGUUGUCGGAAUUAAAAAAAUCCUCGCACGAUCUGGUGAGCACUUUCUGGUACCGUUCGGAAUUGUUAUAUGGCAAUAUGAUUUAUUACAGCUGGCAUUUCAUUUGGCAUGAUGAUGGAAUAAAAUCUGUUUGGUCAGUUAGAGCUUUGAGAUGUAUCUUGUGAUGAUGGACAUAUAUUAAUUCAUGGCCAGCUUCAUUAAAUUAGCAAGGGAAAUUAUAUUUGCUGAUGCUAUUUGUGCCUCAGUUGAGGAACCACAGGUUGAAAUGGAAAACUUAGGGAGCAUUUACUUUGAGUGAUAGGAUAGAUUGAUAAAACAUAGGGAGUAUUUGAAAAAUAAGAUGGUCAAUCAAGUUCAAAAUUAAUCAAUCCGUCAAAACAAAUGGUAGAUUAGCUUGGAUUAUUUAUUUUAAUCAGAGCAGAGCUGGAGUUUUUCAGAGAUGGAGUUUUCCAGAGCUGGCGUUCUCGCCAGCCUUGUCUAAUCGUGCUGAACAAGUUUUCUUUUGUUUCCUUGUUUUACGUUUUGUUUCCUUCAUUAGAUUAGGGUUUAGUUUGCCUAUAUAUAUGGCUGCAUGUUGAACGUAUAGACAUAACUUUUACUUAUCUUUUAUCAAUCAAAUUUGUGAGUUUAUUCUCUCUUGA